AUGAAGAGUCCUCUCGUGAAACAAGUCAACGACCUGACAGGCAGCUUCAAGCCAGAGACAUUGGCUCUUGCCGAGCAAGCCGACAUGAAGUUUGCUCACAGUCUGCCUGAGCUGGUGAAGACUUGCCAGCAGUUUGGUAAGGUGUACUGUCAUCCAGUGUGCCCUGAGAAGUGUCGAGCCUCAGGUGAAGGCAUCAAGGUAGCCACGAGAGGGCAAACAGUGGCUGUCUCUGUAGAGGCUUUAGAUAGGGAGGGAGAAGCCUACCUCAGACCUGUAGACAGCUUGAGGUGUGAGCUAGUUGCUAGCGAUGGCAGCAGUCGAGUCAGGGGCACUGUGAAGAGAAGAAAUCAGAACAUCUACGACAUCAGCUACCAGCCUCAGGUUCUGAACUCCGACCUCACCUACUCCAGUAGUUUUGGUAGGAAAGGCUCUAACAAUGGCGAAUUCAGCUAUCCUUAUGAUAUAUCUACAGACAUAGAUGGCAAUGUGUAUGUUGCCGAUAGCAGCAACCACAGAAUCCAGGUCUUCACGGUAGACGGACAAUACUUGAGGCAGUUUGGGAAGGGAGAAGAAGAAGAGGGAGAAAAGGAGGGAGAACUAAACCAGCCGGCCAGUAUCGCUAUUGACUCUAGCAACCUAGUUGCAUUAGUCUUAGUGCACGAGGACUACGGCUCGUGCAUUACAUAA